AUGGCGCCUCCUGAUUACGAAGCCAAGAAGCUCCGCAAGCGCAGCGACUAUGGCUACCACCAGCUUCACCAAACAAGAUGGUUCGACAAUGACAUGUACGCGCACUUGAACAACACCGUCUACACGGCUCUUUUCGAUACAAUCGCCAAUUCUUACCUGAUCGAGCAUUGCGGCAUGAACCCCUUCAGUGUGAACAACCCGACUCCCAAGAGCUCCGAAGGCCAACCAUCCAACUUGUCAGUCGGCACGGAUCAAAUCGGGCUUAUUGUCAACACAACUUGCGACUUUUUUGCCUCUGUUGCAUUCCCAGAUAUCCUGGAGGUGGGCUUGCGCGUAGCCAAACUAGGUUCCUCGAGUGUCACAUGGGAGAUUGGUGUGUUCCGAAAGGGCGAGGAGGACGUCAAGAUGGUUGGAACAUAUACGCAUGUCUUUGUUAUGCGAGAGACCAUGCGUGUCGGAAAGGGUGGCAUGGCGAGUAAAGUGCGGAGCGGGCUAGAGAAGUUACUCAAUUCGCCGGAGGCUAAGCUGUAA